CCGCAGCUCCGGGGUGGGGUUUGCGCCGUCGCGGGAGAGGCAGACGAGUCCCGUUAGCAGGAAGCGCGGAGCCCGCAGCAGCCGGAGCGGAGGAGCCGAGAGCGCCGAGCCCAGCCCGCCGCGAAGAUGCCGAAGACGAUCAGUGUGCGAGUUACCACCAUGGAUGCUGAGCUGGAGUUUGCCAUCCAGCCCAACACCACGGGGAAGCAGCUCUUUGAUCAGGUUGUGAAGACAAUUGGGCUGAGAGAGGUCUGGUUUUUUGGACUUCAAUACCAGGACACCAAGGGCUUCUCAACAUGGCUGAAACUCAAUAAAAAGGUGACCGCACAGGAUGUGCGCAAGGAAAGCCCGCUGCUCUUCAAGUUCCGUGCCAAGUUCUACCCAGAGGAUGUGUCCGAGGAGCUGAUUCAGGACAUCACGCAGCGCCUCUUUUUCCUCCAGGUGAAGGAGGGCAUCUUGAAUGAUGAUAUCUAUUGCCCUCCAGAGACUGCUGUCCUUCUGGCUUCCUAUGCCGUCCAAUCUAAACAUGGAGACUUCAACAAGGAGCUGCACAAGCCUGGCUAUCUUGCUGGUGACAAACUGCUCCCUCAAAGAGUUCUGGAGCAGCACAAACUCAAUAAAGACCAAUGGGAGGAGAGGAUCCAGGUGUGGCAUGAGGAACAUCGGGGAAUGCUCAGGGAAGAUGCCAUCUUGGAGUACCUGAAAAUUGCACAGGAUCUAGAAAUGUACGGCGUGAACUACUUCAGCAUUAAGAAUAAGAAGGGCUCUGAACUCUGGCUAGGUGUUGAUGCUCUUGGACUCAACAUUUAUGAGCAGAAUGACAGGUUAACACCAAAAAUUGGAUUCCCUUGGAGUGAGAUCAGGAAUAUUUCAUUCAAUGAUAAGAAGUUUGUUAUCAAGCCCAUUGACAAGAAAGCACCAGACUUUGUAUUCUAUGCCCCACGAUUACGGAUUAACAAGCGAAUCCUGGCACUGUGCAUGGGGAACCAUGAGCUCUACAUGCGCAGACGUAAACCAGACACCAUUGAGGUGCAGCAGAUGAAGGCACAGGCUCGGGAAGAGAAGCAUCAGAAACAGAUGGAGAGAGCUCUGCUGGAGAAUGAGAAGAAAAAGAGGGAACUAGCAGAAAAGGAGAAAGAGAAGAUUGAGCGUGAGAAGGAAGAGCUGAUGGAACGACUCAGACAAAUUGAGGAGCAAACCAAGAAAGCUCAACUAGAAUUGGAAGAACAGACCCGCAGGGCACUGGAGCUAGAGCAGGAAAGGAAACGAGCCCAGGAAGAAGCAGAGAAGCUGGCUAAAGAACGCAAAGAGGCAGAAGAGGCAAAGGAAGCCCUACUGAAAGCAUCCCAUGAUCAGAAAAAGACCCAGGAGCAGCUGGCAGCUGAGAUGUCAGAACUCACAUCCAAAAUCUCACAGCUGGAAAUGGCCAGGCAGAAGAAGGAGAGUGAAGCCUUGGAGUGGCAACAGAAGGCUCAGACAGUGCAGGAAGACCUAGAGAAGACCAAAGAGGAACUGAAGACUGCCAUGAGCACUCCUCAUGUCACUGAACCCAUGCAGUCUGAGAAUGAGCAUGAUGAUGAACAGGAUGAGAAUGCUGCGGAGGCCAGUGCUGAACUGAAGGCAGAUGCCACCAUCAAGGACCGCAGUGAGGAGGAUCGCACCACUGAGGCAGAGAAGAACGAACGGGUUCAGAAACACUUGAAGGCUCUUACCUCAGAGCUGGCAAAUGCCCGAGAUGAAACCAAGAAGACAGCCAAUGACAUGAUCCACGCUGAGAACAUGCGGCAGGGCCGUGACAAGUACAAGACCCUCCGCCAGAUCCGGCAGGGCAAUACUAAGCAGCGCAUUGAUGAGUUUGAGUCCAUGUAAACUCUCUUGCACCUGCUGUCCCCUCUUUCUCGUCCUCUCCCAUCAUUCACGUGUAAUCGUGCUGCGCUGGAACCACUA